AUGAGCAUCAAUAACAACAACAAGAGGAAAGCCGAUGCUAUCGAACCAUCCUCUUCCUCCAUCCAAUCCACAGGCUUUUCUAGCCAACAACAAUACAAAACCUAUUAUGAUAUUGCCAAGCCGUAUCUAAAGAAGGUGAAGCACACCGAAUUCAAGAAGGAGGAAUUUGAUAUGCCUCGUUUCCACUGUAACUAUUGCCAGAAGGACAUUACUUCUCUCGCUAAAAUCACUUGUGCCGAAUGUGAAGAGUUUGAUUUGUGUGUGGAUUGUUUCUGCGUAGGUGUAGAGACUCAACAACACAAGAAUGAUCACUCCUACAAGGUACAACCCAAUCUCUCACGCACGUCUCUCAUUUCAAGCGGAUGGACGGCCGAAGAGGAGCUUUUACUUCUCGAAGGUAUCGCACACAAUGGCCUCGGCAAUUGGCUCGACAUUGCUGAACAUGUGGGUAAGACCAAGAGCAAGUACGAUUGCGAGAUUCACUAUUGGACCUAUUACGUGGAUAAGCCAAUCGCCAAGAGGAAGGCUAUGAUUGAAAAGUUGAAACGAGAGCAAACACUUCACCAACAACAAGCAUCCUCUUCCGAGUCAAGCACUCCAUCAACAAAUCAAGCACAACAGGAAGAUGUUCAAACACUCCUCAACAAGCUUUACACAGAAAACGUUGAUGAAGAUGGACACUACAUACCCGUCCCUGAUCCAUCAGCACCAUUGAUCCAAGAGAAGAACCAAGUCAUGACCAAAAAAGACAUCCGAAAAGAUGAUGAUGGUGUGUUAAUGUCCAUUAAAAAGGAACUUGGUAUUCCACAAAUCGAUUUGAAGAAGAUAUUCGAGGAGAAUUUGAAACGAUCGGCAAAUCCUCGAUUCGUCAUGGGUACCAUCUUGUCGAGAGAACCUCAAAUUGCUGGAAAAGGAAAGGGAGCCUAUCAACAAGGAAUUGAUAUUGGUUAUUUACCUCUGAGAGCUGAUUUUGACAUGGAUUAUGACCACGCUGCCGAGGAAUUGAUUGCCGAGAUUGAAAUUGAUGAAGAGGAUUCUCCUGAAGAAAGAGAACGCAAGUUGAAUUUAUUAAGGCUCUAUGAAUUUCGAUUGAGUGAGAGAGAACGCAGGAGAAAGUUUGCCAUUGAAAGACAACUUGUGGAUUGGAAAAAGAUUAGUAAUAUCGAGAAAAAGCGACCGAAAAUGGAAAAAGAGUUGUAUCAAAAAUAUAGACCUUUUGCAAGAUUUUUGGAUAAUCAAGAUGAAUUCGAAGAGUUCAUGACUGGUAUUAUUCAAGAAACAAAGAUUAGAAAUAGAAUUCAACAAUUGAAAGAAUAUAGAGCGAAUGGUCUCACUUCACUCCCUCAAUGUGACACAUUUGACAGUGACAACAAGAAGCGCGAGGCAGAUUCCGAAUUUAAGAAGGCUAGAGAAGGAGGAGUGACUCCAAAAACACCAACCCCUAAGCGCAAUUUUGAUCAUCUAAUGGGAACUCCAAAAGAUACCAACUCUGUAGGAAUUGAACUACUCUCAAAACGUGAACGAACUUUGUGUUCAGAGUUACACAUUCUACCUAGGCAAUAUAUGCUUAUCAAGGAUACCUUGACUCGAGAAUCUCUUCUGUCUGGGUUUGUCAGCAAGAGUGCUGCUUGCAAAUUACUAAGUGACAUGGAUAAGGAUCAAGUGAAGAAAAUUCAUGACUUUUUUGUUGUCAAUGCAUGGAUUAAUAGUGCCCCUCAAACCCCAUCAGAAAAUCCAAUGGUUAAAUAG